AUGGUCCACUCAAUCUCCAAAUCGACUGUCAAAAAGUUCCUCGACGGUGUAGGAUGGUCUGGCAUCUUCAAAAAGGUUGAAAACACCACCCGGGGUACUCGUCUAUAUCCUACCAAUAAAGCCAAGGAUCAAGCAGAGAACAUGCGGUUUGAUGCUGGUUCUCAGGUUGGGGACAAAUUCGAGAUUAUUCUGCAGCCAAAUAAAAACGCCGCGAAUGCUGCUGUCAAGAAGGCUGCGCAGGUUGACAGCCAUCAAAUUCUUGCCAAAGCUUUAGUCAAUAAGAAUUCUACUAAGGAGGAGGUUCAAAAGGCUAUUGUUGUUGAUUUUGCAAAGAGAAAACAGGGAUGA